GUAGAGGCAGGCUCGUAAAAUGCCGGAACCAGCUAAAUCCGCUCCCGCUCCGAAGAAGGGCUCCAAGAAAGCUGUCACUAAAACUCAGAAGAAGGGUGACAAGAAACGUAGAAAGACUAGAAAGGAGAGCUACUCCAUCUACGUGUACAAGGUGCUGAAGCAGGUGCACCCCGACACGGGCAUCUCGUCUAAGGCCAUGGGCAUCAUGAACUCCUUUGUCAAUGACAUCUUCGAGCGCAUCGCCGGCGAGGCCUCUCGCCUGGCGCACUACAACAAGCGCUCCACCAUCACUUCGCGGGAGAUCCAGACGGCCGUGCGGCUGCUGCUGCCUGGCGAGCUGGCCAAGCAUGCCGUGUCCGAGGGCACCAAGGCUGUCACCAAGUACACCAGCUCCAAGUAAAUCUGUUUGAAAGA